AUGGCGACGGCGUGGACGCCAGUCAGCGUGCGGCCGGUGGCGGGGGUGGCGGGGGAGCCGGGCGGCGCCAAGGGCUACUCGUUCAGGUUUCUGCCGCAGAAGCCCUUCCCGGCCCUCGGCGGCGCCCAGACGGCCGCCCGCCUCCGCCAGUGGUCGAUGCUGGGCAGAGUGCGCGCGCAGGCCUUCGGCUUCGACCAGGCCUUCCAGGCCCAUCGCGCCCACGACUUCCUGACGGCAUUUUUCAAAGACCCAAAUGUCAUUCCCAACUUGAAGUUACUGUCAGAGUCUUCUAGUGACUGGGUUACAUUAGGAACUGAAGUGAAAAAAAUUGAAGCUAUAAAUGUUCCUUGUACACAGAUAUCAAUGGCAUUUUUUAAUCGAUUAUAUGCUGAAAAUAUUGUGAGAGAAAAUGGACAUAUUGUGAAAUGCUUAGAUUCUUUUUGUGAUCCUUUUCUUGUUUCUGAUGAGUUACGAAAGGUUUUGCUAGAGGAAGACUCAGAAAAAUAUGAAGUGUUCAGCCAGGCAGAUAGAGAAGAAUUCCUGUUUCGUCUUUUCAAACAUCUUUGUCUUGGUGGAGCUCUUUGUCAAUAUGAAGAUAUGCUUAAACCCUACCUGGAAACAACAAGGCUUAUCUAUAAGGAUCUUUUGAGUGUUCGAAAGAUUCCUCAAACACAGAAAAUACAAAUCACUUCUUAUAUCUUCAAAGUUACUGCUUAUGAUUCCAACGGUAUGUGCUAUCCCUCUACAAAGAACCACGAGCAGACGUUCGCUUACUUUAUUGUGGAUCCUUUCAAGCGGCACCUUCAUAUUUUCUACCACUGCUAUGGUGUGGGGGAAAUGUCCUAACCAUGUCUUUCUUUUCUUUGACUUUUUUUUAAUCCUAUUUU